GGGCACUCAGCAAGGCUCCGGCCAGCGGGCGGAGACCGAUCCGGGAUCUGUCCCAGCAGGAAGCGCAUCCCGGGCGGCCGACGUCUCCGGUGCUCGCUCUCGGCCGCGGCGUCGCGCUCUCCCUUCGCGCCCGCAGCCCGGCAUCCUCUCCGCAGCCGCGACCCCUCGCACCUGCCUCGCCGGGAGAUAGUGGAGAACCUCCUUCAAAAUGGAAGAUGGAAAGCCCGUUUGGGCUCCCCACCCCACAGAUGGAUUUCAGAUGGGCAACAUUGUGGAUAUUGGCCCUGACAGCCUAACUAUUGAACCCUUGAACCAAAAAGGCAAGACAUUUUUGGCUCCUAUAAACCAAGUGUUCCCUGCAGAAGAGGACAGUAAAAAAGAUGUGGAAGAUAACUGUUCACUGAUGUACUUAAAUGAAGCCACACUCCUCCAUAAUGUCAAAGUUCGGUAUAGUAAAGACAGAAUCUAUACAUAUGUCGCCAACAUUCUGAUUGCAGUGAAUCCAUACUUUGAUAUCCCUAAAAUAUAUUCUUCAGAUACAAUAAAGUCAUAUCAAGGAAAAUCUCUUGGGACGAUGCCACCUCAUGUCUUUGCAAUUGCUGAUAAGGCUUUUCGAGACAUGAAGGUGCUCAAGAUGAGCCAGUCUAUCAUUGUGUCUGGAGAAUCGGGAGCUGGCAAAACAGAAAAUACAAAGUUUGUUCUAAGAUACCUGACAGAAUCUUAUGGGACUGGUCAAGAUAUUGAUGAUAGAAUUGUUGAAGCUAACCCACUAUUGGAAGCUUUUGGAAAUGCAAAGACUGUUCGUAACAAUAACAGCAGUCGAUUUGGAAAGUUCGUGGAAAUUCAUUUCAAUGAAAAGAGCUCAGUUGUUGGAGGAUUUGUUUCUCACUAUCUCCUAGAGAAGUCUAGGAUCUGUGUUCAAGGCAAAGAGGAGCGCAAUUACCAUAUAUUCUACAGGUUGUGCGCUGGGGCUUCAGAAGACAUUAGGGAGAAGCUGCACUUGAGUUCCCCAGAUAAUUUUCGGUAUUUAAACCGAGGCUGCACUAGGUACUUCGCUAACAAAGAAACUGACAAGCAGAUUUUACAGAACCGAAAAAGUCCUGAGUAUGUUAAGGCAGGUUCCCUGAAAGACCCUCUGUUAGAUGACCAUGGAGAUUUUAUUAGGAUGUGCACAGCCAUGAAAAAGAUUGGUUUGGAUGACGAAGAAAAACUUGAUCUGUUCCGAGUCGUAGCUGGUGUCCUGCACCUUGGAAAUAUUGAUUUUGAGGAAGCCGGAAGCACUUCAGGUGGCUGUAAUCUGAAGAACAAAUCAGCCCCAUCUUUGGAAUAUUGUGCGGAACUGCUGGGGUUGGACCAGGAUGAUCUGCGAGUCAGUUUAACCACGAGAGUCAUGCUCACCACAGCAGGGGGCACCAAAGGAACGGUUAUAAAGGUUCCUCUGAAAGUGGAGCAAGCGAACAAUGCCCGCGAUGCUCUGGCGAAGACUGUCUACAGCCAUCUUUUUGAUCACGUGGUCAACAGAGUGAAUCAGUGUUUUCCUUUUGAAACAUCGUCCUAUUUUAUUGGAGUCCUGGAUAUUGCUGGUUUUGAGUACUUUGAGCACAACAGCUUUGAACAGUUUUGUAUUAACUAUUGCAAUGAGAAACUCCAACAGUUUUUUAACGAAAGGAUCCUGAAGGAGGAGCAAGAGCUCUAUCAGAAAGAGGGCCUGGGUGUGAAUGAAGUGCAUUACGUGGACAAUCAGGACUGCAUAGAUUUAAUUGAAGUGAAAUUGGUGGGAAUCCUGGAUAUUCUGGAUGAAGAAAAUCGUCUCCCCCAGCCGAGUGACCAGCAUUUCACAUCAGCGGUCCACCAGAAGCACAAGGACCAUUUCCGACUCUCUAUUCCCAGGAAGUCUAAGCUGGCCGUCCACAGGAACCUGAGAGAUGACGAGGGUUUCAUCAUCCGGCACUUCGCAGGGGCAGUGUGCUACGAGACGACCCAGUUUGUGGAGAAAAAUAAUGACGCACUACAUAUGUCUCUUGAAUCCUUGAUUUGCGAAUCCAGGGAUAAGUUUAUACGGGCCUUAUUCGAAUCAUCCACCAAUAACAGCAAAGAUACAAAACAAAAGGCAGGAAAACUCAGCUUCAUCAGCGUGGGAAACAAGUUUAAGACACAGUUAAAUUUGCUUCUGGAUAAACUACGAAGUACUGGAGCGAGCUUCAUUCGCUGCAUCAAACCCAACUUAAAGAUGACAAGCCACCACUUCGAAGGCGCCCAAAUUCUGUCUCAACUGCAGUGUUCAGGUAUGGUGUCGGUGCUGGACUUAAUGCAAGGAGGUUUCCCUUCAAGAGCCUCAUUUCAUGAACUCUAUAAUAUGUACAAGAAGUACAUGCCAGACAAACUUGCAAGAUUGGAUCCAAGGCUAUUUUGUAAGGCUCUUUUUAAAGCUUUGGGAUUAAAUGAGGUUGACUACAAGUUUGGGCUAACGAAAGUAUUUUUCAGACCCGGCAAGUUUGCAGAAUUUGAUCAGAUUAUGAAGUCUGACCCUGAUCACUUAGCGGAGUUGGUGAAAAGAGUCAAUCUUUGGCUAGUCUGUAGUCGCUGGAAGAAAGUUCAGUGGUGUUCCCUGUCAGUCAUCAAACUGAAAAACAAAAUAAAAUAUCGAGCUGAGGCGUGCAUUAAAAUGCAGAAAACCAUUCGAAUGUGGCUGUGCAAAAGGAGACACAAACCACGCAUUGAUGGCCUGGUCAAGGUGGGCACACUGAAGAAACGACUCGACAAGUUCAAUGAAGUUGUAAGUGCGCUAAAAGAUGGGAAGCCGGAGGUGAACAGGCAGAUCAAAGACCUGGAGAUUUCCAUUGAUGCCUUGAUGGCCAAAAUUAAGUCUACCAUGAUGACGAGGGAGCAAAUACAGAAAGAGUAUGAUGCACUUGUUAAAAGCUCAGAAGACCUCCUCAGUGCCCUGCAGAAGAAGAAGCAGCAGCAGGAGGAGGCGGAGAGGCUGCGGCGCAUUCAAGAGGAGAUGGAAAAAGAAAGGAAGAGACGCGAAGAGGAUGAAAAGCGUCGACGGAAGGAGGAGGAGGAGAGGCGGAUGAAACUUGAGAUGGAAGCAAAAAGAAAACAAGAAGAGGAGGAAAGGAAGAAGAGGGAAGACGAUGAGAAACGGAUCCAGGCUGAGGUGGAAGCGCAGCUGGCCAGACAGCGGGAGGAGGAGUCCCAGCAGCAGGCGGUCCUGGCGCAGGAGUGCAGGGACAGGGAGCUGGCCCUGCGCAUCGCCCAGAACGAGUCCGAGCUCAUCAGUGACGAGGCGCAGAGUGAUCUGGCGCUCCGAAGCCCAAGUUCCUGUCCAGCAACUUCUAAACCUAAUGGAGCAAGACCGCAUAUGACACCGGAACAAAUGGCCAAAGAAAUGUCAGAAAUUUUGAGUAGAGGUCCUGCUGUACAAGCUACCAAGGCAGCUGCUGGUACCAAGAAGCAUGAUCUCAGUAAAUGGAAGUAUGCAGAGCUCCGUGAUACAAUCAAUACUUCUUGUGACAUCGAGCUCCUGGCCGCGUGCAGAGAAGAAUUUCACAGGAGACUGAAAGUGUAUCACGCUUGGAAAUCCAAGAACAAGAAGCGAAACACUGAAACGGAGCAGCGCGCUCCCAAGUCUGUUACUGAUUACGAUUUUGCGCCAUUUUUGAACAGUUCACCUCAGCAGAACCCUGCAGCUCAGCUUUCUGCCAGGCAGCAGGAGCUUGAGAUGAACCGACAGCAGCGUUUCUUCCGCAUCCCAUUCAUCCGCCCUGCUGACCAGUACAAAGAUCCUCAGAACAAGAAAAAGGGCUGGUGGUAUGCCCAUUUUGACGGACCCUGGAUUGCUCGGCAGAUGGAGCUCCACCCUGACAAGCCACCCAUCCUUCUUGUAGCUGGCAAGGAUGACGUGGAGAUGUGCGAGCUGAAUCUCGAGGAGACGGGUCUGACUCGGAAGCGCGGGGCUGAGAUCCUGCCCAGGCAGUUCGAAGAGAUCUGGGAGCGCUGCGGAGGCAUCCAGUACCUUCAGAGCGCCAUCGAGAGCAGGCAGGCCCGGCCCACCUAUGCCACGGCCAUGCUGCAGAACCUGCUCAAGUAGGGUGCAGGGCUCCAGCCUGGCCUGGCCAGCUCGGGCAGGGAGGCGGGCAGAAGGCUCACCAUUUCCUCGCUCCUGGUAGAACGCCUUAUGCAAAGUGAACAGAUUUUAUUAAUCAUGCGUUUUGUUAAUUUGUUCAAGAUUAAUUAAGGUUGAAGUAGUGGAUUAAGGACCUAGAAACAGAACAGUCCUGGCCCCAGCAGUGACCCCCCCCAUUGUUCUGAUGCUUUCAGCCCCCUGAGAGAGUCUGUCCUUCUCAAGUUCUGCACACUGACCACCUUAAGUCCACGGUGACUAUUCUCAAGGACAAGAGCUUUUUUUUUUUAAUUUCAAAUAUUUUAUUUUCUUUUUUAAGGAUAGCACAGUGCCUUUAUAACUGGGAUAAUGAAAUCUUAGCUAAUUUGGAACAAGAAUUAAGGUACUUAAAAUGAUUAAGGAACUGAUUAUUUUGGUCUAAAAAGCUGUAUUUUGUCUGCCUUUUCAGAAAUUCAUAGAAAUGGACUUACUCUUUUUUGUAGUGUGCUUAGACUUGAUGAAGCCCAUGUUCUGGGGUUCUGGAAAGCGCUUUAAUGUAUAGGAGGUAUCGUGUGCAGAAGAGGUGCUGGGCAGAUACGGAUGGACACAGGGCGCUUUUCUCCCGAGCUCUGCAUUACUCCUGGAAUCUCCUCUCCCUAAUUCAUGGCAGAGUAAAGGAAAUCCAGAUCACUCGGGUGACUGGAAGUUCUGAUGUAGCCUUGUUUCCUCUUGGAAGGGACACAGGGUUGAGGUGGUGCUGUGACUUCACUGGACGAAAUUCAAAUCCUUCCUCACUUCAUCUCAAUUGUGAUUUCUCAGUUUAAACCUUGUCCUAGUUAUUUCAUGUGAUUUAAGCUGGUGUGCUGCUUCAGACAUCUCUCCUGCCCCCUUCCCAAAAAAUCUGUCUUGGUCUUUGAAAUGUGGUCGUUGUCGAGCCGUUCUGUAAACUUCAUAACUCGGACUCCCUUGUGCUUAGGCCGAACUUGUUCCUGCUGCAGGUGGUUUUUAAAAACACUCCUUUUGUGUGCCCUUCGUCCCAAUCAGGUGUCAGCUGCUGAAGCUGGUGCUUAGGACUUGGCUGUUAGGACCUUAGAGACAAAACUACAUCAAGGAGUUACGGUGAUGUCCAAAGGAGUCUUUGUUUGUAUUCUAGCAUAAAAGUAGAAAGUAAAACUAUUCUUUACACUCCCUUUGUUUUUAAACACCCUAACCUUUGAAGUUUUAGGGUUUUUUUUUUUCCUUAGACAGAUAUCUCAGUUAGGAAAUACUUGCCAGCUGAUGGGAUUAAUGUUUAGAAGCCCAGAUUCUACUGUCACGGUUGCUCCUCUCAGAACGUACGGAAGUACUUAUUUAUUAUGAUCCCGUGGGAGUGAUGGCUUUGUGAUACGGAAAUGAAAUGGCCCCACCUGUGCUAACAAUUGAAAAUGUGAAUGGGAUUGGAGGUUGUCUUACUGCUUACACUCACCCACCGUCCGGUCAUUCGGUGAUUGGUGGCAGAAGGAGUAGUUACCGAAAUAAACAACCUGUUGUUUCUCUUUCA